AUGGCAUCACGCAUCGUUCAAUACGUGUCGGUGGCUGGAGCCGUGGCGUACUAUUAUGAUUACCUACUCACAGUUGAUGAAGAGCGACUAUUCUUCUGGAAGAUUGGUGGGGGUUGGAUAGUUCGCACCAUCUUUGUCAUCGUCAGUAAUUGGUCAAAGUCGCACAUCUUGGCAGCCAUAAUGCUUAUAGACGCGAUAUCUACCCGCAAUUGGCCUGCCACUGGGCCUAUUUCGGCAAAACCCGUUGAUGGGGACAUUUCCAAAUUGGCGUAA